AUGCACAUUUGGGCAGAAGAUGUCUCUCUGAAGAAGAUUUGCACAGAGGCACGCCCUGUCAUGCCGCCAUGUCGUGCUGGCGGAUACAAUCUCGACGAGGGUUGCUUUUCGCUCAGUUGGCCGGUGCCCACGAGCCCCGUUACUCAUUCACCCUGGCAACCAUGCGCCGCAGCGCUGCAACCAAUCAGAGACAAGUCGGAGACAGUCGUUUGCGUGAAGAAUUGA